AUUAGUAAAUUCCUUGUGGACAGGGUAAACAUGGAUUUUGUACAAAUAUAAAAUGUCGCUCGACUGCAUAUUUUAAAACAACUGGUUUACAAGACAAUCACCAAAUGGUUUUUAGAAUUAUCCUGGUUAUAUGAUACAGUCCAAUAGCAGUGAUCUGAGAGGAGAUAAUUAACUAUAACAAAUAAAGCCACUGUCACCAUCAUCAUGGCUCUGAAAUUAAUUGCAAAGCAAUUGGAGAAGUUAUACCAGGAGAUUCCCGAGGAGUGUGGGUUCUCAGCAGGUCCUCUUGAGGAUGAUAUGCUACACUGGGAGGCCUCUAUCCUUGGACCGGAGGAUAGCCCCUAUCAUGGAGGGAGAUUCUGGCUACGCAUCGACUUCACUGCCGACUACCCAUUCCGUCCUCCAAAGAUAAUUUUCCUAACAAAAGUGUUCCACCCCAAUGUGGAGCCAGAUGGUAAAAUUUGCAUUGAUUUUUUACAAGAUGAGUGGAAACCAUCGUACACGAUUGGAUAUCUUUUAAUGGCUAUUUGUUCAUUGCUACUGCAUCCUCACCCAGACAACCCAGCUCACCAAGAAGCGGCCAAUAUGUAUCUCAGUGACCCAGAAAAAUUCAAGCAGACCGCGGAGGAAUGGACAAAGCUUCAUGCUCCACUGGACGUCUGACACCAGUUUCCUUAUAUCCACUUAAUUAAUCAGAUGGCUGUAACCAAUCACUUCUCUCAAGACAUCUUUUUUGGAUGCUUUUGCAGUGAUGACCUGAUAUGUUGCUUACUACAGUGCACACUCAAAACAUAACUACAUAAAAACAUAUCCCAAGCCAGUCAUGUACUUACAUUCUAAUGAAAGUUAUCUUUGUACAAACUUCUGAAAAAAGUUCUUGUUCAUGAAUCUUUAGGUACAUUCCAAAAGCAGGAAUUUUAUGUUGCAAAUGAACUAUCACACUGAUAACUGAUUAUUUGCUUUUACAAAAUAUUUCCAAUAGGUUAAUUGUGAUUCAAAUAAUGGUAAGUUAAUAAGAUCCUAGGCUUCUUAAUAUUAUUUAAUUUUUUUAUUUUGAGACAUUCAGGUACUUGUACAUGUAUCUUAUUUGCUCUCUUGCACUUUUGUAUGAAUCAAGUUUUAAUUUUGACCUUCAUUUUAAUACUUAUUUUUGUUUGACAUAUGUUAAAGCAUUGCCAUAAUGAUAUUGCAAACUGCUACUCGUGUGUGAUAUUGUUGCAUGAUAUCAUUUUUUUAUACACAAUGCUGUAUUAAAUUUAUUUCAGAAAUAA